ACAGUCUUGGAUGAUGGAGGGGUGGAGGGGAAGGCAAGUAGAUCAGCCCCUUUCGCAAUUCUUAUAACAAGAAAAAGGUAUAAGAAGGGUCUCCCCCUCCCCCCCGCCAUUACACAUUAUCAUUAUCCUCAACCAUCAACACACUCAUCCUCCCAAUCCAAACCCCUGCCUGACAGCUUCUUCCUCUUCCUCCUUCCAUCAAAGAAUCCCCUCACUUCAUUGCCACCAUGAGCUUCCACUUGAGCGCCUCGGACGUCCACAUUGACGACAACCAUAUCUUGGUUGCGGUCCUUAGAGAUGAGGAGGGCGAGGAGCACGAAUCCACACUGGAUCUGGAUGAGUUCCUGGGAAACAACGAGGGCCGAUUCGACUGGGGUGGAAACGGCUUCUCCGGCAGUGCCCGGGAUGUGACCUUCUCCAUUGAGGGUGGUGGUGAGGUCCCAGUGCUGCGCGCCGAGCUUGCCAACUCGGAGGGCGAGUACUUCCCCGCCGACGUCAACCUGUCCGAGCACAUCGAGAACGACAACGGCAAGUUGGUAUACCAGUAGGCGAUUGAACGCUUGCCUGGGGAGUUGGCCUGAGAGGAUCAUACCCACAGGGGGCACCUGCAUGGGUCCAAGCCAAAGAGGUUAGCUGGGCUAGAAAUUUGGCAUUUGCUGCUCAUCUCUCUACUGGGUAGUUGGAGAUACCGUGUGAACCAUGUUGUGUCAUUCCAGUCUGAAUCUAUACCAGUGAUAUUCGAGCGAGUACCACCAGUAGGCAGCUGAAUUUCCGAAGAGAUGUAAGAUAAUUAAGGCAACAAGUCAAGUAUUGGAAUGCAAUUAGUAUAUCCGGUCAUUCUCAGUUCCCGACGAUUGCCGUUC